CGCCAAGAGUUUAUGAUUUAUUGUAUACAAACAUAUGUAUGUUGAAGCAUAUUUAUAGUAUAAUUUAAGAAAAAAUAUGUAUAUACUUAUAUAUUGAGCGAGUCAGGACAGAGCAGGGUGGCACGAGUCAAUACUAAUACCCGGACUCGAAACAUUAUAUAGGCAGGACAGGACAGACCCGCCCCAUUUGCAAGACGGGGUGAGCCAGACCAGUCCCAAAUGUCUCGAGCCAGGGCGGGUCAACGCGUGCCGAUUUUUUUUGACAUCCCAACUAUUUGGAAAUGUAUUCUUAAUAAUAUCCCGCCUUCACCCGCAAAAAUCAACCGCCGUAGCCGGACGUAUUCCUAGAUUCCGCCGUAACUUUUUCCUCAGAAAUCGCGUCCUUCAGAAAAUGUCUUGCUCCACCCGCCGUGCAAACCCCCACAAACUCCACACCGAUCCCCGCGCCCCGCCCAUUCCACCUCCCCAAAAACAGUUAAUUAAUGUCGUCCGGCCGUCCACAUUUUACAUUCUCUCGCUGUAAUUUCUAUUUAAUCUUUGCGUCUCUAGGCAGGCAAGAUGUUAGAACUUAUCAGAAGCGACGAGGAUCUUAUAUAUUCCGUCACCGGGAUGGACCCUCCGGUGAAUCAAGAUUUGAUCGAUAAGCGCCCAUUCCGUGUUACUGGUACUUCAGUGUAUGAUAGUAAUGAUACUUCCGGGGAAACUUCUUCCCGAAAGAAACUCCGGGUACUGGGCGGCGACGACGGGGUGCAGGGGAGAACCAAAAUUUCCGAUGAACUGCCACUGGAUGACGGAGGAAAUUGUCGUCAACGAUCUUCUGGCGGAAUUGGAAAGAGCCCAAUCCCUACUAUUUAUGAUCCAGUGGACAUUUCUUCCCGGAAGAAACUACUGAUACUCGACGUCAACGGUCUUCUGGCGGCUGUUGACCGCGUACCCGCAGCCGGACGCGUCAGCUAUUCAGUUACAAAGAGGCCCUAUUGUGAUGACUUUUUGCACUUUUGUUUCGAGAGAUUUGAUGUCGCUAUCUGGUCCUCUAGAAUCAAGAAGAAGAAUCUUGAUCCAAUAGUUGACAACAUGUUUGGAGAAUUGAAGGAUAAAUUGGUAUUUUGUUGGGAUAUGUCAUAUUGUACCCGGACCAAAUUUAAGACUUUGGAGGAUAAAUAUAAACCCAUAGUUUUUAAGGAGUUAUGCAAAGUAUGGGACACAGGAUUUCCAUAUCAGCCUUGGCCAAAGGGAUACUACAAUGAGUCAAACACAUUGUUAUGGGAUGAUUCCCCAUACAAGGCCUUGCUUAAUCCCAUUCACACUUCAAUCUUUCCAUCUACCUACAAAUCCACGAUCCCGGAUGACAAAUCAUUAGGUGAGUUAACUAAUUACCGAGUACGGACUAUGUAAUUUGCAUCCCAAUUCACGUCAGGUAUGUAACAAAACCGACGUUGUAGAGUCUCUUUUACGUACAUGGAUUUACAAACUCGCGUUAUAGGUUCGUUCCUGUAUCGUCUCUUAGUUGGACAAACCUUUAAUUUCAAACCGACGUAAAAUGUGUAAAAUAAAUCUAGGAUUCCAUUAAUGGUUAAUAUUUUCAGGUCGAGGCGGUGAUAUUCGAGUUUAUCUAGAAGGGUUAGCAGGUGCCGUUGAUGAAGACGUGAGGGAAUAUGUGAAGGGACACCCAUUUGGGCAAAAAGCCAUUGAUGAAACUAGCUCUGACUGGCAUUUUUACUCUCACAUCCUUGGAACCUUUUCCGCACUGUCCUAGUUAAUCGAUUGCUAUGUAAUUCCUUAGAAGUCUAGUUGAAACUUUGUGAAAGACUUGGUCACUUUUUUGUCCUAGUUCGAGUGUCAUAUAUGUACUCAUUUGUAAGAAACCCAUUAUUGUGGCAUAAUGUUUUGUCUA